CAUUAACUUUAUUACAUAUCAAGCUAGCUCCCUGUGAUUAGCCACGUCAUGUAAACUUAGCAGUGGAGCUCCUGUGAUAUCAAGGUAGCUGGGGGUCGUGGGUUUAUUUUGGAUACUGGUUCAUUUUGAGAGGAGAGCUCUCGUUUCGGGUUUAUAACUGGGUAGUAAUCCUAUGGAAAGAUGUCAGAUAUCGGGGACUGGUUCAGAAGCAUCCCUUUCAUCACCCGGUCCUGGUUUGCUGCCUCGCUUGCUGUUCCCUUUAUUGGGAAACUAGGAUUGGUUGAUUUCAGGCACCUCCUGCUGGAUCCAGAGUUGAUCUUUCACAAAUUUCAUCUCUGGAGACCGUUGACAGCCACCCUGUAUUUCCCAAUAACCCCUAAUACUGGGUUUCUGUACCUGGUCAACCUGUAUUUCCUAUACCAUUACUCCACUCGGCUAGAGACAGGGGCGUUUGAUGGCAAACCUGCAGACUAUAUCUUCAUGCUCCUCUUCAACUGGAUCUGCAUUGUUAUAACUGGGCUGCUGAUGAACAUGCGGCUGCUGAUGAUCCCACUGAUCAUGUCAGUGUUGUACGUCUGGGCUCAGUUCAACAAAGACAUGGUUGUGUCCUUCUGGUUCGGAACACGAUUCAAGGCACAUUAUCUACCAUGGGUCAUCCUGGUUUUCAACUUCAUCAUUGGAGGCUCUUUUGUGAAUGAACUGACAGGGAACCUGGUGGGUCACCUCUACUUCUUCCUCAUGUUCAAAUACCCCAUGGACCUGGGUGGACGCUCCUUCCUCUCCACACCAGAGUUCUUAUAUCGGUAUUUCCCCAACAGAAGGGGUGGAGUAUCAGGCUUUGGAGUCCCUCCCAGCAGGAGACCAGCUGCCCAGGAACCGGCGAGAGGAGGCGGGGAGGGACGUCACAACUGGGGCCAAGGCUUCCGCCUGGGGGGGGAAUGAAAGGAGGCAAGAGGAGAUAGCUACACCCUCCGCCUUAGCUCCCAAUAACAAAUGGCUGUGCAGCUGAUGAUUCAGGUUAAGAUGUUUGCUCCUUCACAUUCUUCUGUGUUUGAAGAAGUCAAAACCUUGAUCUUAAUUAAAUCAGCUUCAUGUUUAAAGGACAGCAUAAGAUUUGAGGAAGCACACAUUUUAACCAGGAAAGCAGCACACAGCAGGACUCAGACUCUGGCUAUAGGCUCAGUUCACUAAGUAAGGCCAGCUCUGCUAUAACUACUACUGCAGAUGUGUCCAUUUGAAGCAGAUAGAAGAAAAUAUAAAUAAAUUGUUUUUUUUAAUGUGA